UUUCUAAUAAAAAAUAUAAAUAUUUUCAUGUUAGGUUUAUAUAAUAGUUUUAUUUAAAAAAAAUGCUUAACUACACGUUGAACAACUAAACAGUCAGCAAUUAAUGCCUAUUAAAUGUUAAAUUUGCCUAGUUCAAAAACCUUCAAUGCCACCUGAAUUAAAUUAUGUUUAUCAUUUAUUAAACCAAUUUCGUUUUUUGUCUUUGACAUUUUUAUGUACUUUCAUUAUUCACCCAAUUAGGAAUGAUGUACAGUAGAAAUUUCGUUCACAAAACCGGCUUGUCUUUACUGUGAUAUGUGUCUCCAUCUAGUGGCCAAAAGAAGAAACGCAGCAAGAAUCCUUCGGCGGAAUCUCAGCUGAAUCCAAUGAGGCAGUGAUGAUGAACAUAGAAAAAAAAUGGUUUCCUUCUUAGAAGCAGCUUAAAUGUUUGACUGUUUAUUAUUUUGUGACAAAAGGUUUUUUUUUCUGUUUUAAAUGAAAGUCAGAUCUAGAUUUAUUUAUUCCACAGGUUAUUUUUUUCUAUAACGAGAGCAAUGUCAGAGAAAUUUUCCAGGCACAGACGAGCUGGCAACGACAUACCAUCAGGUCGACAGCUUCCUCGCACUCCUCCCAUGAAGGAUGUGAAGAAGAUUUUAGAUUUUUCUGAUCAGGACUUGGACUUUAAGUUGCCACACCAGAAUGAAGAGAGUAAUGCCAGAUCUGCACGUGAUUCUGAAACAACUGCAGAUGCCCCUCACUCCAUGCUGAAAGGGAUGAAGGGAUAUCAGGUGACUCAAAGCGACCUGGAAUUUCUCAAGAAGAUGGAGGAGGAAAAACUCAUCAAAAAGCUGCAGGGUGAGUUUAAAGAGGUUCAGACGCUGUUAAAAAAAGAAACCAUGGCCUUGGAGCAAGCGUGGGUUUGCAGGGAGAAGGAACAAGCUGAACUCAACAAGUUUCCAUCACGUGAGGAGCUCUCCGAGUGGGUCCAGGUGGUGCUCAGGAUGACCACGCCUGCGAUGGAGUUUGCAGACAUGGAUGUCAAGUCUCUCCUCGCCAAAGUGACUGUGAAAGACGUUCAAAAGGCGAUUGCUGAAAAGAAGAAAGGAGUUGCACAGAUGAGGAAGAACCUGUCCAUAAAGAGGAAGAAAGAGGCUGAAGAACAAGGCAGGCUUGAGAGAGAAAUUGCAAGCCAUGAGAUGAAGAUACAGAAAUUGAUGAGAGAGUUGUCGGAACUAAAAUCUGAGCUUUCAGAGCGAGAGGCAGCAUUUGAACCACAAGAUCAGCCUAAAAAGCACAAAGCGCCUCAGGAGAAUCUAAAAAUACAAGAUGCUAAGACAAAACGCAGAGGACAACCAAGAAAGGAGGAAACCCGACAGACUGAGGAGCCAGCAGAGAAAGCUAGCGGCACCAGGCGGACACGGCCGGUGAGUCGCAGCAGCGGGAAGGAUGAAGGCACACACAAAAACAAGAGUGGUGCUUCUGAGAAAUCUGAAGAGAAGACCAAGAAGGGAGCAAAAGCAGGCAGAGCGAAACCAAAGGCGGUUGAGGAGCAAAAGGUCAAUUCCCACGAGUCUGUAGCAGGGAGAGGAAAGCCGGAUGAAGCCACAGCUUCCAGAGCCAGGAAUCAUGGGAAAACAAAUGCUGGGAAACCUAAAGCCACAUUGCGCUCAGGAAAAGCAGUAGGUGGUGUGACGGAGGAGGUUCAAAACAUCGUUCUGAGACGAUCCAAGAGGAUUAUCAACAAGAGGUGAAGACAUUUGAUCUCAUUUCUAACUCUCAAUUUUACUACUGCUUUGUUUCAUGUGAAGUUUAGGAUAUUUUUAAUUUUCUCAAACAUUCUGUUGAACACUAUCGACAAGUUUUACGCUCAAUUUUUAAGAAAUAUAUAAUUUUGCAUCAUUGUCUUCUCGCAAUUUAUAACACAUGAUAUCAAGAGUGCAUUUAUAUUUUACGGAUUUAUUUUUUUUCUCUUAAAAUGGAAAAUAAAGUAACUUUUUAACCCCUU